AGGGAAUGCAGGGUCCAGGGAGACCAGAUAUAGGAAUGCAGGGUCCAGGGAGACCAGAUAUAGUGAAUGCAGGGUCCUGGGAGACCAGAUAUAGUGAAUGCAGGGUCCGGGAGACCAGAUAUAGUGAAUGCAGGGUCCGGGGAGACCAGAUAUAGGGAAUGCAGGGUCCGGGAGACCAGAUAUAGUGAAUGCAGGGUCCGGGGAGACCUAGAUAUAGUGAAUGCAGGGUCCAGGGAGACCAGAUAUAGGGAAUGCAGGGUCCGGGGAGACCAGAUAUAGUGAAUGCAGGGGUCCGGGGAGACCAGAUAUAGUGAAUUCAGGGUCCGGGGAGACCAGAUAUAGCGAAUGCAGGGUCCUGGGAGACCAGAUAUAGUGAAUUCAGGGUCCGGGGAGACCAGAUAUAGCGAAUGCAGGGUCCGGGGGAGACCAGAUAUAGUGAAUGCAGGGUCCCGGGAGACCAGAUAUAGUGAAUGCAGGGUCCGGGGAGACCAGAUAUAGUGAAUGCAGGGGUCCGGGGAGACCAGAUAU